GCGUCUGAAGUCACGGCUCCCUCUACAGUUAGUAGGGCGGAAAUUUUCCAUCCAGUGCGGGAAAACAAUCAAACUGUCGGGAGGACACAGUGGGGACACGUCCGGAGAUUAGAGCUUCACACGGACCCACUUGUGAGGUGUGUGUGUGUGUGUGUGUGUGUGGACGGCAGCGGAUGCGCCAACAUCCCCUCAGAAGGCGCAGAUUAACAUGUGGAAUAUCCGUCAUUCGGGAGGCUGAGCCAGUGCUUCCCGCAGAUAAUGGGGGGAAUAUGCCUUAUUCUCUGAAUACUUGAGGAGUGACGACAAGUUUCCUCUCUUGCGGACUUCAACUGGAGGAUAAUCAUCGCGGGAGAUUACGCGCGGAGCUGUAACAAAGCAAAAAUACAAAUGGAUCCCACCGUGCGCUAAAAUCGAUUUGUCGAACAGAAUGUGUGGUCUUCGGCACCAGGCUGUGUUGGCUCUCUGCAGUGGGGAGACGGGGCGAUGUUGUCUGCGGAGAUUGCUCGUCCGCUGAGGUCGACGUCCAUGGAUGUUGCAACGCGGUCGGGCGGCGCACGGAGCCUCUUGGUUCGUGUGAUUGGACCGGACGCGGACUGGGGCUGACGGAUGUUUGUCCGCGAGGAGGAGAUCGAUGUGAGCUGGUGGCGCACGCGAGGGGGGAGAUGCCAGCCUGCACGAGCCCACGUAUCACCACGAGGACGGAGGACAACCGGUACCAGACAAGGAUCUGUUGGGUUUGAAAACUUGGAUUUAAAAAACAUAACAAGCAGAAACGAAAGAUCUUUUCCCCAAUGUGAUGUGUUUUGUUGCAUUUGGAAACGGUUAAAAUGGAUACAAAGUUUUUUUGUUCUCUUUUCCUGACUAUUAGGCAUGGGACUUUAGUAUGUUAUUAUAUUGUCUUUUGAAAAAUCAGUUUGAUGGACAAUUACACAAUUUACAAACAUGUUGCACAGGGAUUUUUUUUUUACCCCUGAAGGCACAACCUAAGUUAUGGGACAUUAUGACAACAUAUCAAAGGAAGAAAACAAUCAGCCGCCGAAUUUUUGAAAGCCAGUGAAAUGUAUUCAAGGCUGCCAGGCAACAUGGCUGUUAACUGGGUUGUAUAUUCAGUUUUUUUACUACCACUUUUGGCAGUGGGGACUGCUUUCUCUGGGGUCUUCAAUGCCACAGACAGAGACAUUGUUACAGAUGCCUUGCUGCAGGUCAAGCUCACACAAAACACAGGGACUAAGCAAUGGAAUCUCCACUCUGCUGAUUCCCAUCCAAACCUAUAUUUUAACCAAGGGGAAGUGUUGCACUUAAGGCAGAGGUCCUCUACCACCCACAGUCACAUAUUUAAAGUCAUCCGGGCAGCUGUGCUUGCCAUGCUGUCGAAUGUCCCCUUCUACAUGCCCCCUGUGAAACACGAGGAGUUUACAAGCAAGUGGAAUGAGAUUUAUGGGAACAACCUGCCUCCCCUGGCUCUCUACUGCCUGUUGUGCCCGGAGGACUCUGCUGCCCUGCAGUUUCUUAUCAAGUUCAUGGAUAGGAUGGCUGAAUAUCCUGACUGGAAGGUGACCAGUGCCCCCAACGACGAGGUCCCCAUGGCACACUCUCUCACUGGGUUUGCUACUGCUUAUGACUUUAUUUACUCUCAGCUAGAUAAGCGCAGAAGAGAUGUUUACGUCAAGAAAAUUAGCUCUGAGACAGAACAGCUGUAUGAGCUCUCUAAGUACAGAGGAUGGGGGAAACAGUAUCUCCAGAAUCAUCAAACUACUAACAUAUUAGCCAUCCUGACUGGUGCAAUAGUGGUUGGAUCACAUGACAACCAAGAGUCAAUGAUAUGGAAACAAGUGGCAGUGAACUACAUGGAAAAAACUAUGUUUCUCCUAAAUCAUGUUGUUGAUGGGUCUCUGGAUGAGGGAGUAGCCUAUGGGAGCUACACAGCCAAGUCCAUAACACAGUAUGUCUUCUUAGCUCAGCGCCAUUUCAACAUUGACAACACGCAGAACAACUGGCUUCUGGGGCACUUCUGGUUUUAUUAUGCCACUCUGUUGCCAGGCUUUCAGAGAACAGUUGGCAUCGCAGACUCUAACUACAACUGGUUUUAUGGGCCAGAGAGCCAGCUUGUUUUCCUCGACACAUUCGUCAUGAGGAAUGGAACGGGUAACUGGCUGGCUCAGCAGAUUAGAAAGCACCGACCCAAGGAUGGUCCCAUGGGGCAGUCAUCUGCCCAGCGUUGGGCUACACUUCACACAGAAUUCAUCUGGUACAACUCUCACCUCACACUCCAGCCUCCCCACAAUUUUGGCAAAGCAAGGAUGCAUAUUUUCUCAAACUGGGGCGUGGUUACCUACGGAGCAGGGCUUCCCAAUGGUCAGGGCAAUACUUUUGUCUCCUUUAAGUCCGGCAGAAUUGGUGGCCGUGCAGUCUAUGACAUUGUCCACGACAAGCCUUACUCCUGGGUGGAUGGCUGGAACAGCUUUAACCCUGGUCAUGAGCACCCAGACCAAAACUCUUUCACAUUUGCUCCUAAUGGACAAGUAUUUGUUUCUGAAGCACUUUACGGACCAAAGUACAGCUAUCUUAACAAUGUCUUGGUGUUCAGCCCCUCUCCCACCAGUCAGUGUAACAGUCCAUGGGAGGGUCAGUUGGGUGAGUGUGCUAAGUGGCUGCGCUGGACUGAUGAAGGUGUGGGUGAUGCACGAGGGGAGGUGGUGGUCGCUUCCUCACACAGGGACACCUUGUUUGUGAGUGGGGAGGCUGUGUCGGCAUACUCCCCUGCAAUGAGACUAAAGAGUGUGUUCAGAGCCUUGGUCCUGCUGAACUCACAGACCCUGCUGGUGCUUGACCAUGUGGAGAAGUGGUCUGAUUCACCUGUGAAGUCAUUCAGCGCGUUUUUCCACAAUCUUGACAUCGACUUCAAAUACGUUCCUUUCAGAUAUAUGGACAAAUAUAAUGGCGCGAUGAUGGACGUGUGGGAUGCUCAUUAUAAAAUGUUCUGGUUCGACCCCCAGGGUCACAGUCCUGACACAAGGAUACAGGAGGCAGAGCAGGCAGCCGAGUUUAAAAAGAGGUGGACUCAGUAUGUCAACGUCACUUUUCCAAUGACAGGGACAGUCAGCAGAGUGGCUUAUGUUUUACAUGGGCCAUAUGUCAAAGUGUUCAACUGUAGAUUCAUAGACAGUAGCAAAAAUGGAGUGAGGCUUUCUUUAACAAUAAAUAACACAGAGAAGAUGGUCUCCAUAGCCACAAACUAUAAAGACAUAGGGGCAAGGUUGAAUUAUUUAGGAUUUGGAGGUCACUGUAAAGUUGAGGAUGCAUAUCAAAUCACCCGAUAUGGCCUUGGGACUCAACUCAUCCCCAAGCAAAUCAGCAGUGAUAAUCAGCUGUUUGACAUUGGAUUCACAGUCAAUGUGGUAGCAGGGGUUGUGCUUUGUGUGGCCAUAGGAUUUCUGACCAUGCAGAGAAAGUUGUAUGCCUGCUUCGGCAUGCUGAUGCGUUAUGCCCUGCUGUCUGUGCUCAUUCUGUGGAUAGCCGAGCUGCUGUUUGUGUCUAACCGCUGCGAUCAGCUUCUCUGUGGGGUAAAAUGGAAAGGUGCGGGUGCCAGAAGCGAAAUAAACAAACAAAUAAGACUGUACGAGCAGCAUCGACUCCCCCUCCCCACUGUCAUCAUAACAGCCCUUCCGGGAUCUGGAUCAGAAAUACUCAAGCACCUUUUCUACAACAACUCAGACUUUGUGUACAUAAGGGUUCCCACUGAGCACAUGGAUAUUCCUGAGACUGAGUUUGAAUUUGACUCUCUAGUCGAUGCCUGCGAGUGGUCAAGGUCAGAUGCUGUGCGCGGACGGUUUAAGAUUAUUCAGGGCUGGCUGCAUUCACUGGUCCACAACACCAAGCUGCACUUGCAAAAUAUUCAGCUGGAGGAGGGCAGUAGGUUCAAACAGCCCCAGAGAGUUGCCCCCUCCAGAGACAGAAAGAAAAGAUCCAGAUGGAGGGAGCUUGGGUCUGAGCUAAAGGGGAAACUGAGGGCUGGUCUGGACAGAGAUGCAGAGUACAUUAGAGAGAUGAGACGUCAUGUUGUGGAGUACCCUGAUGCACGGGUUGUUCUCAACUUGAGGAGUGGAAGCUGGUCGCUAAAGCUGCCCUUUAUACAGGAGGUCGUGGGACAAUCCUUGAGGUCAAUCUACGUGGUGAGAGACCCUCGGGCACUGAUUCAUCUGUUGCUUUAUAACAGAAAACCCAGUCUUUAUUCCCUUAAAAACAUCCCACAGCACCUUUCCUUGAUAUUUAAGGAGGAUGUUGUCAGGCAUGGGUGCUCGAGUGUGGCGCCAGAGUUUAACAUAAUCCAGAGGCUGCUGUCCCGUUCUGAGACAAACCCAGUCCUGAUACUGGCUCAUCUGUGGCUGGCUCACACUACAGCUGUGCUGAGGGUCAGUGAGAGCCUCCCCGAGGAGUCGUACCUCCAAGUGAGGUUCGAGGACGUGGUCAACUCCCCGCAGGAGACAGCAGAAAGCAUACACACAUUUCUGGGGGUGCCUGUUUCACCUGCAGCCCUCAACCAACUCUUUUUCACCACCUCUACGAACUUGUUCAGUCUUAUGUAUGAAGGAGAAAUUUCACCAGCCAGUAUUAACAUGUGGAGACAGAAUAUGUCUCGAAAGGACAUCAGGCUAAUAGAGGAUGUGUGUGGGAGUGUGAUGAAGAGGCUGGGUUACAGCAGGUUAGCUAGUUAACUUACUGCUGCUGGUCAGCCGAUAUUGAGCUGUCUUGUUUACUGUAGCUGCUAUGGAGUUCUGUAAAGUCGUUUUCUUUUGCACUGACAUAAUAUUUCGAAAAUAUUUUACAAGUUGAAGAAAAACUGGGUUGCAUUUCUGGUUUAAUUUCUUUAACUUUAAUUUUUUCAGUUUUUAUUUGUUUGGGUGUAUAUGAUGUGUUCUCACUACAGAAACAGAUGUUGGAAUGGGGUGGGAAUAUUUUAAGUUAAAAUAAAUGGAAAGGAGUAUUCUUAUGUAUAAUGACUUUCCCCAAGCAGCACUUCAUACACUUCAUACUAUUAUUUAGUGACACUUAAGACUUUUACGUUCUUAUAUGCAGAGGGAACACACUGAGUUUAAGCAUAACUUUGAUGUUAUUACAGAGUCUGUUCCGUAAAACAGCUGAGUUUGUUAGUAAAGACUAUUUACUGUUUGUCUUAGUAAGAGAUGAAAAUUGCUAAUCUGUGGUGACUGAAAGAUUUUUGUGCAAAUCCAUGUGUUAUUACUGGAAUUAUCAAGGAAUAUGUACUGGUUUGGAACAGAUAUGUUAUGAAGAUCAUUAAGAAAUAAUACUGGUAUUUACUGUAUUGACAGUCUCAGUUUGUAGCUUUGGGAGACUAUUGGCCUGACAUGGAUUUUAAUAUCUGAAAUUUUGAGUGCUUUUUCCCUUUAAAAUGUAAAUAUAGGCUGCAGUAUAUAGACUCAAAGCCAAGCAGAGAACACAAAGAUGACAAUAGUGCUUUAUUUUUAAGAUACAGGCAUAUAAAUUACAUUAAUUUUUUUUCAUUACACCAGUAGAGUGAUUUUUUUUUUAAGCUCAAAGAUGUCAUGACAGUUUAGUGGCUUAGCACUUUUACAAGGACUCUUUUGAUUGUAUGUGGGAUUCUGUGCAUUUUCCAAAAGCUGACUUUUACUGUAUGUACUUGAUAAGCUUGGAAAUCUUAAACCUCUGAAGAUAGAAGUAGUAGAAGAAAAGUUAUUGUUGGCUCCAAAGAUACAUAUCCCAAAGGAUCAGGAAUGAAUAUAAUUAUUAGAACACCCUUUAGCAUUUAUUGAAUUAGAUCAGAAGGAUGUACUUAAUGGGGAUCAAACUGGUAAAAAAAAAAACUGUCAGCCUUGACACAUUUCUAGUCAAAGCAAUUUCCAAACCAUC